CUUUCGUCACCGGAGCGCGCCGGAAGCGCCCGUCCGCGGAGCCUGCGGCGGGGAUGCUGUUCUCGCUGCGGGAGCUGGUGCAGUGGCUGGGCUUCGCGCCGUUCGAGCUGCUGCUGCAGGCCGUGGCGCUGCUGGCGACGUCGGGGCUGCUGGCGCUGAAGGCGGACGGCGCGGCGGCCGGGCUCAGCUGGUGGGGCGUCUUCGCGCCGCUCUUCGCCGCCGACGGGCUGAGCACCUACUUCACGGCCAUCGUGUCGGUGCGGCUCUUCCAGGACGGCGAGAAGCGGCUGGCCGUGCUGCGUCUCUUCUGGAUCCUGACGCUGCUCAGCCUCAAGUUCGUCUUCGAGAUGCUGCUGUGCCAGAAGCUGGGCGAGCAGAGCCACGAGCCGCUCUGGUACGGACUCAUCAUGUCGCCUGUCUUCAUCCUGCUUCAGCUCCUUAUGAUCCGCGCCUGCCGAGUUAAUUAGCAGCAGCAGCAGCAGCAUGACCGGGACUCUCCUGGAAAACACUCUGACCGGCUGCGGCUGCUUCCUGACACCGCAGACUGAAAGCUCAUGCCAGGACCGCAAGUCCUCUUCCUGCCCUCACGGGUAACACUUCUUGUGCUCGGGGGGGUAUGGCAGCCAUUGGACUCUGAUUUCUGAAGGCCAGAAGAUCUGGGCGAGUUCCAAUUAAAAUAAAAAAUGUAGAGCCAGUA